AUGGACAGUACCAAAGCCGUCGGAACGAACCCCAUCGUCGAACCCAAAGUCGAGUACCUAGGCCUCCAGAAGGCGGACAACAGCUGCUCGCAUCGCGACCUGGGCUUCACGGGCGCCAUCGCGGACAAGUGGUACGCCGUCUGGGGUGACGUGCUGUGGUGUGACGGGGGCGUGACGGAACCCGAGAAUGACACGCCCGGCUUCCACGGCAUGGUGCGCGACGCCGUGUCGGCGAUGACAGAUGACCCGCUGCUGGUGCACGAUCUCAGCCUCGGUGAUAACCAGCGGCAGAGACAGUUUAUCCCAUUCAAUCCUUCCUGGGGAGAAAGGUUCGAUACCGGGUUUGGCGGCACCAGCUUGGUUGAGACCAACGCCGCCGCCGGAACCGGAGCCGUCUUCUACUUGGUUAACCAAAACGCGGCAGGUCUCAUCGGCGCCGGCAUCGCCAAGGUGGACGUCAUCAACGGCACGCCUGUGGUUACCAAACGCUACGGCGAAAGGGGCUACUGGUGGCCUGCUGCCGGCAACCCACGGUACGGAGAUAUCGCUGCGUUCCGUGAUCCGCUGUCCGACUGGAUAUACGCCUGGGGCGGCCCGCCGACGACCGUCCUCAGCAGCGACUGGCUCCAGAAUAACUACGUCUACCUGGUUCGCGUCAGGGCCUGCGAGGCGUUCGACCUGUCCAAGUACGAGUACUGGUGGGGCCGGCAACGAGGGUGGAGGAUGGACCGGUUGACCAUCUUCACGCCUGAGACGGCCGCCGUAUGGGGCACCGGGCAGGGGCAGGUUGUGUGGAACGAGUUCUACCAUCGCUACAUCUUUGUUCACUUAGGAAUCGGUGGUGGUUCCGUCUUUCUGCGGACGGCCCACAGUCCAGAGGGCCCCUGGACCCCGGACCUGAAGAUAUUCGAGGCCCAGCCCAUUGACGGUGGUCUUGUCUACGCCGGCGUUGCUCACCCGUACCUUGAUGAGUCUGGGAAAACAUUGGUCAUAUCCUUCACGAACAACAACAGGAUCCAGGUGAUCAGAGCCACCUUCUCCAAGUGA